AUGCGCGUGGACGUGAAAUGGGGUAGGGAGAAGCUGGAGGGCGUGGAGGUGGACCUGAGCCAGCCGCCCCUGGUCUUCAAGACGCAGCUGUACACCCUGACGGAUGUGCCGCCGGAGAACCAGAGGGUGAUGGUGAAGGGGAAGAUGGUUAAGGACGACUGCUGGGGGCCCGUGAAGCUCAAGGACGGGCAGACGGUGCUCAUGAUGGGGUCUGUGGACGCGGACAGGGCCCGGAUCGCGCCCCCGAAGGAGAAGGUGGUCUUCGUCGAGGACCUGCCGGAGGAUCAGCAGGAUCUGGACAACAUGGGGCAAUACGGGGCGGGGUUGACCAACAUGGGCAACACGUGCUACAUGAACUCGACGCUGCAGUGCCUGUACUCGGUGCCGGAGCUGCGCACGGGGCUGACGGCCUUCCGGGAAGCGCCCGGCGCGGGGGGGAUCAAUCCGGGCCGCCAGCUGGCGCUCGCCGCGGGGCAGCUGUUUGGCGAGCUGGAUGCCAGCAGCACGCCGGUGGUGCCGAUGCGCUUCCUGAUGACGCUGAGGAGCAUGUUCCCACGGUUCGCUGAGGUGGGAGAGGGCGGGGCGUACAAGCAGCAGGACGCGGAGGAGUGCAUGUCGCAGGUCAUGCAGACGUUCAGGGGCGUGCUGAAGGUUGGUGAAGGUGUCAACAGGAGCGACCUGAUUGACACUCUCUUUGGAUUUCGUCUUGUUACCAAGCUCAAGUGCGCUGAGUCAGAAGAAGAAAUUGUGGUACCAAAUAGGGACAUGGAGAUCAUUCUGAAGUGCAACAUCCCUGUGGACCCUCCUGUCAACCACCUGCAUGAAGGCUUGGAGCAGGCCAUGAAGGCAGACAGGGAACAGAUGUCAGAGAAGCUGGGAAGGAACGUGCUAUUUCAGGGUUCCUUCCAGUUGGCGGAGCUGCCACCCUAUGCAAUGGUCCAGGUCGUGAGGUUCUUCUACAAAACAGGUGCCAACGUAAAGGCCAAAAUUCUGAAGAAGGUGUCCUACCCUCUCAAUUUGGAUCUCUUCAACUUCUGCACAGAGGCUCUUCAGGAGCAACUGAAAGGGCCACGUGCAAGGGUGCAAGAGGAGCGCAACAAAGCAGCUGGGGGAGCCCCAGGGGAACCAAAAAAGGAGCCAGGUGAUGCAUCAACUUCUGAUGCCAAAAUGGAAGAGGCUAAAGUGGAGGAAACCAAAAGGGAGGCUGUGGAUGCACCAGAAGGUGGCGAUACGGACACACCCAUGGCGGAGGCCGCUGGCCCCUCGGCACCCUCGUCCAAUCAUGCUGUCAGAGCAACAGAGCAAAACGCCAAUGGAAUGACAGGCACGUACGAGCUCCAGGCCGUGGUGACCCACAAGGGCCGCAGCGCGGACUCAGGCCACUACGAGACGUGGGUGAAAAAGCACGAUGGCCAGUGGGUGGAGUUCGACGACGACACGCUCACCAUGCGCAAGGAGGAGGACAUCACCAAGUUGAACGGCGGCGGCGACUGGCACAUGGCCAUCCUGCUGGUGUACAAGGCCCAGAGGGCGCCGGAGAAUUAG